AUGUCAGCGCCCAGCUCCGCAUUUUAUACAUUCUCAAGAUGUCAGCGCCCAGGCAAUCUUGUUUAUUCGUUCUCAGUUCGGGCAAAUGAAGGUGUGACAGCUCAGUCAUUCAACUCUGCAUAUUAUCUUCUGAGUUCAAGCUUCAACAUUCAACUCACUUCACCAGGAGGAAAGCAUGUUGAGUAUGUGAACCAAGAUGAGAGUAAUCGACGUUGGUUCAAUGAGUUUCGAGCCAAGGCCAUGUCCAAUCCUAUUGGCCUAGAGACAAUUGACGCCGCCCGGUAUGCAGCCCUUGUCCUGCUGGACAGCCCGGGCGCCCUGCAUGACUUGCAUGGCAACAAGGACCUCAAACAGAUACUCACAUACUUUGUUAAAGAAAAAAAGCCCAUCUGUGCCAUAGGCCUUGGGGUAGCAGGCCUUUUUCCCUGUAUCACAGAUGGAGUAUGGUGUUUUGAAGACUACAGUCUAACCUGUACCUCCGUAUUUGAGCUGGCAAGGAGUACAGACUUCCCCACUCUGCCCCUGAUACCCGAGGACUUCAUUAAGGACCACGGGGGAAAAUACACAUGCAGCGGCGAGCCAGACAGUGUGCACGUGGUGAUAGACCGGCACGUGAUUACCGGUCAGAAUGUGAUGUCCACCAUCACAGCGGCCCAGAACCUCGUGCUCAUGUGCAGUCAGAGGGCGACAGACAGACAUUCUCCGCGGGUAUAGAGGGACGCCGCAAGUGAAAUGAUCGUUUGAAGAAAUUCCAUAAGAAAACAUGAUAGUUAUAGUGUGUGUUUUCGUGAUCCAAUUACAUUACACGUAUGGGAGAUAAACAGUGAUUUGAAUAUUUUUGCAAACACUGAGUUAUCCCCCGUCGAAAGCGUUCUCCAUGAAAAGAAUGACAUGAUACGAGACUGGCACAAUGAAUUUGUUCGUCCUUUCACCUACAACUGACCCCGGCUGACACAUUUUUCGGUAAAGCGUUCGUUUCAUGGUUAUUGCUACUUUUUAUUACAAUAUGUAUGAUAAUAUCUCGAACGAUAAGAAUUUCACGGAACUGAUUUAACAAUAUAAUGUACACGGCACGUAACCAUGGAUGUAAGUUUAUUGCGAUGAUUGUACCCACGCCAAUAGUCUGCGGGGUAUACUUGAAUUACUCUGUCGGUCGUUUCGUUGGUUUGUUGGUCAGUUAGUACGUCACGCUGCACAUAAACAUGUAUGGUGUCGCGAACCAGUCUCUCAGUUUUCUGUGUAUCAUUAUGAAACUUCAUAGAUAUGGGUCGAAUACAGUUACGAAUAACAAGAGGUAAUUACUCGUGUAUUUCGCGAUAUUGUUUGCAGAGAUCUGUGCCCUUGAACUGAGGCAAAUUUGGAUUUGAAUAAUUAUUUUUUCAAAAGUGCAUGGAAGUGUUGUAUAUUCUGUGUAGUUGUGCAAUACGUUUUUGUGUGUAUACGAAUGGGUUAUUACGUGCACUUCAACUUAGGAAAUUUAUUUAAUAAACCAACUCAAAUCUUUUUGUAUUUUUUUGUAUUUUUUCGUGAUCAAUGUGAAGUAGCGCACGACAAAGUUUUAAGAGUAAUUAAGAGUAAUUUUAAUUAAGUUUUACACCUGCUUGAAUGAGCCUUUGAGGGGACAUUUUUAGUUUUUUUUUAUAGUUUAGUUUUGCUGUUAAUUGUUGUAAUUUAUAGUUUAGAAAUUGAGACUGCUUUCUUUGAUUUCAUCGGGGGGGGGGGGGGGCAUGGUGGACGUCAUCUAUCAGAAUAAUGUUGUCAUCGUUUCAUAUUAUAAAUUAGCGAAGUUGGGUCUGUUCUGUUGCUCGUCAGAGGCUGUUUGCAAGAUAUUUCAACAGUUGCACUAAUACAUAUUAAUUAAAUGUUUGGGACCUAUCUGUGUCAAUCCACUCUAUAUCAUAACAUCAACGUAUGGGAAGGUAGGCAGAUUUGAAUAAAAGCCAGGAAAAGAAAGAAUCUGUGAGAGAUUGAAGGUGAUCGUGAUCAUGUAUUGAUACAAGAAGUUUGAGGAAGUUAUUUAUUAGUUGAAUUUCUUAUAUAUUUAUUAUCUAAUUGUUCAAAUAUAAUGUACAGUCUUUAUACUGUAUUGUGACUUUUGAAGUUAUGAACUUUUUCCCUAAAAAUUGUAUUAUAAUUUACAAGACUAUGUGUAUUUCGGUUUUCGUCUUAUGUGUUGUAUGUAAAUGCAAUAUGUAUGUACAUAUAAAUUUAGACUUAU